AUGAUACUACUCUUGUUACUAACAAGUGCACUGACUCGAGAAGUCAACGAAACGACUUUUAAUGAGACAAGUAACUGUGGAGAUGGUGUAUGGGAUGGGUAUUACGAACAAUGUGAUGGUACCGCUGGGUGUACUUCUUCAUGUUUGUGUGAUACUGGCUACACUGCUGAUGGCAAAGGAGGGUGUACCAUGAGUUGUAUAUAUGGCAGUGCAUGUCUGACUGGAUGCUUGAAACCCGACACUUGUGAGAUGUGUAAUGAGACAUUGGGAUAUGCUGAGGAUUGUCAAGGGUGUCAGAGCAAGUACAUGUGGUAUGGGGAAGGCAAUUGUCAAUUAAUGCCGGACUUAAACGACGUCCUCUCCUGUGGAAAGUUCUUUGAAAAACUGAAUGAGUUAACAAACGACACAAUUAAGAAUAGUUUCAGUGUAGAGAUUGGUGGGGAGACAACCACUUUAGGUGCAGAUGGUCUUUUAGUUGUUCCUAAACUGCCCGAUGAGAUUCGAACGAAGUUACAGAUAUGUAGAUGUUCUCGAUUGGUUGAACCAACGAAGCCAUACACAUAUGGAGCGUGGAUUAAAUUGACUAGUAAGAAGAAUCAAUACGUCUCCAUUGAAUUGGACAACAAAUAUUCUCGAGAGGAAUUGAUCUUAGCUUCCACACAACAAAAGAAGGUCGGGAACUCAGCAGGAAUGAUUGUCCAAGAAGAGUGUCCUGAAACAACAGACAUUGGCCAGUCCGUGUAUUGUGUCUACAGAAAUGGGGGGUACUCCAAAUACGUCCAAUCGCCGAGAAUAAUCACUUCAAUGGAAGAAAAUGCCGUGCAGUACAUUUUUGUGCACGCAAAGUACGCUGCUGCGCCUCUUGAUGAAUUUAAAAUUUAUAUCAACACUGUUGUCCACGCAUGUUCGUCGAGUUAUAGUGAUGUUGAGUGGAAUGAAAUGACGAGCUCUUACUUUUCAACCACUUUAAAUCUGCAAUAUUCCAUUUUGUCGACGUCGGUGUGUUCAAUUGACCUCGUGAAAGGGUUUUGGUUCAAAAUCACAGGCGCCGACGAAACAUUAGAAUUUUCAACGUGCAACUCGACUUCAGAAUAUGAUGUGAAUUUGGACUUAAUAAGAGUGAAAAUGACGGAAUACAAUUUAAGUGAUAUAUCGACGGACUUCUCUCAAAUUGAUUGUAACAAUGAAAACAAGGCAGAGUGUAUGAGAACACGAACUGAUGGAUGCCGUGAUGGAUCGCGUUUAGCACGAAUGGUAGCAACAUUAGACCACGAUUACGUCUAUUUCUUGUUUGUUGGGAUCAAUGAAGAGUACUCGGCUUCCGUCCAAUUGGAUAUUAAAACGACUUGUCCACAGAGCUGUGGUGAGAAUGGAAUCUGUUCUGCAUAUUCCGGAAAAUGGGAAUGCAAAGACGGAUUUGUCUUGAGAGACAACGUCUGCACACAAUGUGGAAAUGGUGUGUUAGAUUCUAAUGAAGACUGCGACUUAUCUGUUCCGGGAUAUAUAGACCCAAAAUGUGACUCAACUUGUAAUUGUAAAUUUGGACAUGAACCAAAAGAAAUUGGAGGUGUCAAAAAAUGCGCAGUACCAACGUGUGACAACAAGCAGAUGGAUGCUUAUGAGCAGUGUGAUGGGGGGUUUGGGUGUGAUCAUUGUGUCUGUGUGAAUGGCACACAGAAAUUUGCAAAAGCACGAUUUGAUUGUAUUGUUUCCACGUGUGGUAAUAAGAAGUGGGACAAAGGAGAAGAAUGUGAUGGAGGAGAUGGGUGUAUAGAGUGUGAAUGCCAACCCGAUUGGUUUAGUCAAAAUCAAGCUGAUUGUACACGCCUGUCGUAUUCAUUAAGGAACUUUUUGUUCUGGGGUAUUGGGUGUAUAGUCUACUUGUUACUGUACUUGAUGUUACUGUUUUUAAUCAACAUAUUGUAUGUUAAGUUGACACAAAAGAUUAAGAAAGAGCUUGAUGAUGAGAAGAUGGUGAUCUUCGAGAACACAAUUAUUCCUUUUGAUAAGACCAACUCGCAGUACAUUGACCUUAAAACACCAAAUCCAUAUUUUUCAUUCUCAUCUAAUAACAUCGACUUUGGUGACACGAGGCCUGAAAUCAAUGAACCAGUCAGUACUAAAAUUAUACUGAAAAACACGUGGAAGGAGAACAUGCACUUUACUUUCCACUCUGGCGACUUUGUGAAGUACGAAAUUAUGUGUAAGCCAUUUACGGGGACUGUCAGAAAGGACGAGUCACUCACUUUGGAUAUCACGUUCAUGGCAAAGUGCACGACCAUUUUGAAUGAGAAAAUUCCCAUCACAAUUCGAUAUGGACAACUUCAAAAUGUUAUUAAAGACAUUAAGAAAGCGUGUCCGGAGUUGAUCGCACACGCUUCACAGUCUUCGCAAAACUCCGAGAGUGAUAACAAGUCAAAAUCUUCAGGGACAAAUGGGAGUAAUGGAAAUACUAAUAGCUCAAACAAGAACAGUCGUCCAACAAACCCAUCGAACCCAUCUAAUCCAUCGAAAAGUACUCCCAGUGGUUCAGGUAAAAGUGACUCUGACGACUCAAGGAAGAAUAAGAAAGGAAAGUCAAAAGUCACUAAAUUCCACGUCUACUUGAACUUACAAGUCGAGUCUGCGUUGUCCACUAAACUCGAUUAUGAAGAAAUUCACUUGCAACACCCCCCUAUUGGAGGUGGAACAUUUGGUAUAGUCUACAGAGCUGAAUGGAGACGAGUCGAUGUCGCUGUUAAAGUCAUGAAGACUGAUUUGGUUGGUUUGGCUGAGUUGUUACCAAACUUCAUGCAAGAGGCUGAGAUGAUGGAGCGUAUCAGAUGUCCAUACAUUGUCAACUUCAUUGGAAGUGUAGUGACGACUGAUACGUUGUGUUUAGUUACUGAAUUCUGUCCAUUUGCUUCUUUAAGAAAAUUUAUGAAGGUCAAUGCUAUGACUGAAUUACUCAAAGUCCGAUUCUGCCAAGACAUUGCAAAGGGUAUGGAGUACUUGCACCACAACGAUAUUUUACACAGAGAUUUGAAGACAGACAAUGUCUUGGUCUACUCGAAGAAUCCCCACGACCCAAUCACUGCUAAAGUCACCGAUUUUGGUACUUCAAGAUCAUUCAUUGAAUCAUCUGGGAAGAUCGAAUUGCAGAACAUUGGUACUCCAGUCUACAUGGCACCUGAAAUUAAUAAGAAGGAUCAGAUGACAUUAAAGAGUGAUGUCUACUCAUUUGCUAUUUGCAUGUUGGAAAUCUGGUUGGGAAGAGACCCAUACGAUCCAGCAAAAUUCCCCGACUCAGAGUCUAUUUUGAAGUUUGUCGGUGCGUCUAAAAGACUUGAAAUUGCAGACGACUGUCUCUUUAAAGAUAUCAUCCAACAAAGUUGGAAGAAUAAACCAAAUGAAAGACCAUCAUUUAAGGAAAUUGGAUCGGCGCUCGAUACUAUUCAGAAGAAAUUGAACGACGCCUCAAAAUCAGACUCAAAGAAAGAACACUCUGGUUCAACAGGAACUAAUACUAAAGAUAAGAGCGUUUCUUCUUCUGAAAAGAAAAAUACAGUUGGCGAUGGAACUAAUACUAAUACACAAGAAGAAAGCUUAGAGGCUUCGAUGUCUUCACAAUUUGCAGGCGGUGAGGAGGAUUAA